CUUAUUAAAUAGGUAUUUAUGUCAUGGCUACCGAACCUCACAGGGAGCAAACGAACUCCCCCUCCCAAGGACCCCUCCUCCUCCAGCCCAUCCACAGAAGAAGAGAAGGCCAAGAUGAUGAGGGAAGCUGCUGAUGCACUGCAACAGGCUAAGGAUGCGAAGAAAAGUUACCAGGCAUUCGACCCUACUGGGCUGGAGAGGGCGUCCAAGGCAAUCAAAGAGCUAAACCAGUCGCCCAAUGCGAACAAAGCACUUGACCUGGCACGUGACCAAGAGAGGACUGAGCAGCUGAAGAUAGAGGAGUGCAUCGGAAGGGCGAAGGCGAUGGAGGAGGAGUGGAGGGCGAACACUGCCAGAGUGCAGGGGGAGGAGAGGAGGCUCAAUAUUCAGGAGGAGGCCAAGUACCACAGGGAGAAGUCCAAUUAUGAAGACCAACUUGCGAGGAAGAGAUAUGAGGACCAGUUGGCGGCUCAGAGACAGAGUCAAGAUGAGAUCCUGAGGCGACAGGAGGAAUCUGCUAAACGACAAGAGGAACUCAGAAGAUCUACUAUCAACUACGAGGCGGAUAAGAAACACGAGAAUGACAUGAAAAGAGUGAAGGCAGAACUGGCCGGACAGGCACAGGUUGAGAGGGAGAAUCACGACCUGAGAAUGGAGAAGACGAGGGAGGAGGCGAAACAGUUUAGGGAGACGGUGCUGGAGGCAGUCAGCCAGGCGGGCUCAAUGCUGGGACAGGGGGCUCAGGCACUCCUCACAGACUGGCACAAACUAUCCAGAACUGUGGGAGCACUGUCAGUGUUAGCAGUGGGAGUCUACUCUGCCAAGAGAGGCACAUCAGUGCUAGCCAGAGUGGUGGAAGCCAGAGUGGGCAAACCCAGUCUGGUCAGGGAGACAUCCAGACUCACUCCAGCACAGUUCAUUCAACACCCCAUCAAGAGUCUGCAAGUGGUGGCUAGACCUAAACACGACGUCCUCAAGGGAAUCAUUCUAGAUCCUAAAUUGGAGAGUCGUUUGCGUGACAUUGCAAUUGCGACUAAGAACACUAAGUUGAACGAUGGUUACUACAGGAACAUCCUUCUACAUGGCCCGCCUGGAUCAGGAAAGACCAUGUUCGCAAAGAGUCUGGCAUAUCACUCUGGUCUGCACUAUGCCAUCCUGACAGGGGGAGACAUAUCCCCAAUGGGGGCUCAGGGGGUCACUGCAGUUCACAAGGUGUUCGACUGGGCCAACACAUCGCCCAAAGGAGUGCUGUUGUUUGUGGACGAAGCAGAUGCCUUCCUGAGGAAGAGGAGUGUUGGGGGAGGGGAAGCUAUCUCGGAGGACCUCAGGAGCACACUCAAUGCAUUCCUAUUCAGAACAGGCGAACAGAGUAAGAGGAUGAUGCUGGUGUUGGCCAGUAACCAGCCGGAACAGCUGGAUUGGGCCAUGAAUGACAGAUUAGACGAAAUGGUCCACUUCGACCUUCCAGGGCUAGAGGAGAGAGAACGAUUGGUGCGGAACUACUUCGACUUGUUCGUCCUCCGAGCCAGUGAACGUGGCUGGCGACAGUACUUCUGGGAUCUAAUUAGACUAAAGAGACCAAGGACUCUCUCUAUCUCUCCCAGUCUAGACUUCAAUGCCAAGUGCAAAGAGGUGGCUGAGAAGACAGAAGGUCUGUCGGCCAGAGAGAUAUCCAAGUUAGCUGUAUCGUGGCAGGCUAGUGCAUACGCCAGUGAAGAUGGAGUGCUGACUGAGUCGAUAGUAGACGAGAGAGUGAGAGAUGCAGUUAACCAGAGGAGGAAGAAGAACCAGUGGGAGACAGAGGCUGACAGGGCCAAGAUGAGACACGUACACCAGCAUCACGAGGAACAGCAACAUCACGGAGAUGCCACGAUAUUGAACUGAAACUUGAGAGAUGGAGUUCCUUCGAAAUACCCGACAUCGGGAACUUUAUCAACGGGAUCCUUAACAUCAUCAGGAACCACAACGUCGGCAGGAAAACAACAUCACGAAGAUGCCACGAUUUUACAACCGAAGCCACUAAACAUCGUACACUCAUCAUUCGAACAUCAUGAGAAACAACAAAUGAAUGCGCCUGUUUUGAACUAACACUAAAAAGAACGAACGGCAAUAUGAUACAAGCAGACAUAAUGAAGAAGCUAGGCAUAAUCAUCAUGGAGAUAAAAACGACAUAGAACUGAAACUGAAAGAAUCGGUAUAUCAUUGAAUACCAGCAUUACGAGAAACAAUUGUAAACGCUCGGGAUAGUUGGAUAACGAAGGUUAGGUGCUCUAAAUUAACCUACAACGAUCAGCCAUCGAGACUUAAAAAUACCAAAAAGAUGGAUUUGUAUGUAUGAUAUUGAAUUGAUCAAGUUAUUCACAAUGACAGAAAAAUUACGAUUUUGAGGACAUGCUAAUACUACCGGGAACAUGGACGAAAAAAAACAAAGCUUCCGAAAUGAAAACAUCAAACAAAAAAGGAUGCGCAACAAACGAGAGCAAUACUAAAUGAAAAUGAUUUAAGAUGAAAUAAUCGGAUUGUAUUCUGGAAUUUAUUGCUAAUUUAUUGUUUCAACUGGACUGAAAGUUACUGCAAAUUAUAUAUUUGAAACUGAAAUGGAAAAGCUGCCUUUUCUUUUUUCUCAGCUGGCUAAAUGCAUAUAUGUUACUGCAUUACGUUGAAUUCAAAAGAAAAGCUUAAUAUUUAUCAUGCAAUUAAUGAUGUGUAGUCCAAAGAAAAAACAGCAGUGCUCUAUUUUUCUGUGACCGGUGAUUUUUGAACAACCGGUUUGAUUUGAUUUCGAUUGAAUGAUCUUGAAUGUUGAAAACGUUGAAUUUGAUGCUUUUGUAGUUGGCUACAAAUUUAUUGGAGAGCGUCUGAAAGCUACAAAUUGAGUCACCAACUUGAAAUUCUUAAACACUGUCAUUUUUUAUGCAUUCGAUAAUUUGAUUCAAUUUUUUU